GGGAGAUGGCAAACUUCUGGACAGGGCACAGCGCGCGGCAUGUUGCUACCAGUCUUGCUGCUGCAUUAGGUGUGAGCAAGGAUCGGCGAGAUUAUCUUGGGCGCUGGGCUUAUGCUCAGCAUGGCUCACAAGAUUAUGUCUUGACUUCGAGGCAGGUGGUGCAAGGGGUACAGAAUUUCAUUUGCAAGUGCCUCAUCAUGGGACACACGGAUGGCGGGUAUACUGAGGAAGAGUUGUUUUGCACCAUGCGGUCGUAUGCUGAAGCAUUGCAUCUGGCCGGGGAUGAAAUUGUCAAAGCAUGCUCUGUCCUGCAGUGGGAUGAUGUGGGAGCGACUUGGAAGCUUGGGGGGAAUUUUCCCUCGUUCGCUGUUUCCCCAGACCGGGUCAGGGCUGCAGCCGGCAACAUGGGUGCCGAUCUGCCUGGGCCUUAUCAAGAUUUCGAGCAAGAGGAGGACAGGGAUGAUGCACCCUACUUCAUCACGAUUUCGAGAAAGGGUUUUCGCCGCUUGCAUCUUUCAAAGAAGUGCGCUGUGCGGCGUGAGAAUUGCUUGGAGACACUCCCGAUUUUCAAGUUGUCAGAAGGACACUCAGGUGGAAAAUCCGGUGGAACCGGAGGGAUCGUUUGCAAGUUUGCAAUUGCUGCCGGUGGAGUGCAGCCUGAGAGUGAAGAGUUGAGCUGCGGGUGGAGUGCAGCUGAAGGACCUCAGCGCGCUCGUGCAAGCAUGGCGACCAACCUGCCAGCCGGUGUGGACCAGGCAGCAGCCUUGAAUCAUCUGGAUAAGAAUGUGAGCUCCGACUUGGUGCAUAUCUUUCAAGAGUGUGGUGUACCAUUGGGGCUGCAGUACCGGCUCACUUUGAACUUCCAGUCUGUCAAACGUUUUUCUACAUAUGCUGAUUCCCGGGCGGAUGUGCGGACUGCUCUGAAGGAUGAUCACACUCUGGAGGCGACUGAUCAGGCAACCCGGGCAGCUGUGGCCUCGGUGGUCUCCGCCUGGGAGACUGCGAAAGAAUACGCAAGCAAGGAGUCCGAGUUGCGGGCUGAGGCUCGCAUGCUGGGUGUCAGCAGACCAGUGUCACAAACAGAGAAGCAAGCGAUGCGUGCAGCAUAUGAAGCUGCACACGGAAACCUCGAGGAAGCAUUCGAACCCUCUGAUGAUUAUAUAUCGGCGAAGUUAGAAGAGAUUGAGAAUGGAGAGAUUUCUGCAAGUGCUCUGUCAGAGGUUACUUCAAAGAAGCGUGUGAGGACAAUGGGGAUACAGACUACUGUUGACACUGGGGGCCACGUGCGGAUUGUGAAGCAAAGAAACAAAGGAGUGAUGCCGCAACACACCGAGGAGCUGCGUACAGUGUUGCGAGUGGAGGGCAAUGCUUGGACAAUGCUUGCUUCUAAGUUCAAGAACAAGGUUUUCUUUGCAGACAUGUCUCCGGAUGCAUGGUUGGCCUACGCGAACUACCUUUUGGGAAACUUUGACAUCGUGCAUGAGUGUUUAACAGAAUGCGCAACACGCAUGGGGAUCCAGCUCAAGGUUGAUCACCUUUGCGAGGCUGGUAUAGGAUGGUCUUUGGUGCAUCCCGAGGAUUUGGGCAAGCUCAGGUCCUUGGAGGACCCGGCUAGCAUUUGGCAAUGGUCGGAGCUCAGGGGCCUUAUGAACUACAGUGGCCCACCUUUGAUGAAUCAGGAGCUUGCGAACAUGCUGCUUUGCUCGACUUGUGAUCAUCGCUCAACUGACGGGUCGUUCCAAGGUGAUCAGGCAUUCUUCGGGCCCCUUCAAAGGUCUUCGGAAGAGCUGCACUGCUUUCCCAAAGUCUUCAGUUCACUUGGUGUUUUCUUGAAUGUGCAAGCUGAGAUGCAUAAAGAUUCCAGAAAUGGUUCCCAUCCCAACUUGUUGCUGGCCCUCUCAAGCUUCACUAAUGGACAGGUCUGGACCGAGGACGCUGCUGGCACAAUCUUCCGAGAGGUGCGUGGUGUUUUCAAGCCAGGUCGCUUACUCCCGGUCGCGGACUCUCCACAAAGGCUGAUGGCACACCAAUGCUACCAUCAGACCGAACCGUGGACAGGCGAACGGCUGCUUCUUGUGGGUUUUACCAUUUCCGAUGCCUUGCAGCUUGAGUCAUCCCAUCUUGCCACAUUGCGCGACUUAGGUUUUGUCUUGCCCGCUUCCUCUCACCUAAAGGGGGGGGAUGCACUCGACGAAGACGGACAAGAACCACCUCUUAGCACCCCUCGAGAUGCAGCCGCAUCCGGGGCCCCAGCCGACCUUAGCACCCCCUCGGGAGGGUCCACCCGAGUGGCCCACGUUAGCGCCCCGACGGAGGGGCCCACUCUUUCGGCUUCACCUAGUGCCGUGUCUCCACUUGAGCAAACCCUUCAAGAAGACGUGGAGGAGGCCGAUGACUCUGGAGAUUUUGACCCGAACACAUCGCGAUGCCGGGGCCGCUGGCGUCCCUUGGCCAGGAAUGCGUUGGCAAGCUCUGGAGAAUGGGAUCAUGCGGGUAAGAUUCGAAAGGUUCUCGCAGAGGCCGUUCAUCAGGCUAUUCCCGAUCUGAGGAAGGCUGCUUUUGCACUUGCAACAGGCCGUCUGAUCAAGUCACCUUUCAGCGAAAAGCUGAUCAAUGAUGUGAGGGCUCGGAUGGCUGCGACUUUACCUGAUCCUGAACAGGCUUUGUGUAAACCUGAUGGGCAACCCUUCAUGCUGCACAUGCUUUCGCAGUCACUUAAGAUCUUGGGUGACCCGGACUACGAGAUACUUGAUCAGGGCAACGAAAGUUUUGCUGAAGGGGUGCCCCUGGGGUGGGACAAGCCGAUCGCCAGAACGCCUCAGGUCUUCCCAAAGCGUACUCACUUCAGGAAGCUCGACGAAAGCGACUUCGACCCUUCGAUGGUCAAUUAUCGCUCCGCGGAGAUGAAUGCAGCACAGCUUGAAGAAAAGUUCAGACAGGAUGAACAGGCCGGAAUGAUGUUGUGUACUACUGAACCAGAGGCUCGGCGGAAGUACGGCUCCGAGGCCGUGCUCAUCGCCGCAAUGGGUGCAGUGACUAAAGCUAAUGGUGAUGUCAGACCGCUGCAUGACGGAACACACGGCAUCAACUUGAACAACAGUAUUGUCAUCUUGGACAAGCUACAGGUCCCUGGGCCAGAGGACUUGCAGGAGGUUGCUUCGAGGGUGAAGGAAAGCAAGGAGGCGCCGUUUUCGCUAUGUGCAGACAUCAGCCACGCGCAUCGCAACGUAAAGGUGCGAGAAUGCGACUGGCCACGUUUGGCAUGCAAGUCAUCCAGUGCUUCGCGCGUCUUAUGGCUCAACAAGGUUGGGACGUUUGGCGUGAGUUCCGCCGCCUACUACUGGAC